CCGGGGAUGGGCUGUCGAGAUGUUUAAUAUGAGCUGGGAAGAGCCUUAUCGCUCCCGACCUCUUUUUGCUCUUGCUUCACACGACAUUUCUACGAUUCCACGCACAUUUAUGCUGUUUCUAUUUCUCACGAAGAUCAUUAUAUGCUCAUACACGAUACGCUGUUGAUCGAGAUCGAGAACCUAUAUCUCUGUUCUGUUUGCUUUUUUUCCUCCCGGUCCCCCAGCAACACCACAUUCAUUCGAGACCCUGUCUACGACUUCGAAGUACAACGACAAACGACCAACCUCUCAAUUAUACGAACACUCCUUCGACGAACUUCACACUUGGAUUCUGCGCAGCAAUCCUUAUCCAACCGCAUACAGCAGACAUCACAUUAUCGAAUUCCUUGAGUCGAAUCUCACCCAAUACAUCAAUCUCACCCCGCCCACUCUUCACUCAACCACCCAUCCUCGAUUACCUCCUCUCCCGCAACCAUGCAUCUCAUGGACCUCAUCCACCAAAAAAUAGAGCUCUUCCGUCUCGAGCAACGAUACACACGCCGCCGAAACCGCCGCAGCACCUUCGUCUCAGAAGCUCAAUACGUUGACGGAGAAUACAUUUACUCGCCCACCUCCUCCUACUCCGCCAAAUGCAGCGCAGGAAACAGCGACAGCGACGAGGCAGAAUCACCUACCACAUCAACAGCGAGCAAAGACUCGAUGUCGAAAGCAAGCAAGAGGCUGAGCAGAAUGGGAUUGGAGAAGAUGGAUUGGCGGAAAGGGAAGGAGGAUAACAAUAAGAGGCAGAGUAGGGUGGUUGUAAGUGAGCGGGAGGUGAAGUGGGAUGAUAGUGUUAGGAGAUGAUUGUCUGUUGUUAUUUUCGGGCGUUGUAUUUUUGUUGGUUUCAUGUCUUUAUGAUUUGGGAAGGAUGAUUCGGCUUGCUUCUGUUGUGAAUAUGUUUUAUUGCGUUUGGUGCCACUACUACGGAGUUUAUUCUUUCUUUUGUUAUAUAUCAACUAUUUUUUAGCAUGGCAUUUAUACCUUCGUGUAUACCUUCACACUAGAGGAGAAGAAUAAAAGCUCGUUACAUACUCGAAAAUUCUGAAUGUCUGUUCUUGGGUUGGUGAUUUAGGUUCUGUUCAUGACUUGGCCAUCCAUGGAACUUUGGCUUCGAGAAACUGUGUGAGAUUAAGUUUACAUACUUAAACGUUCUUUGCGG